CAACACCACCAAAACGCCAACAAUGCCGCCCGGCGUCAGAGUAUGUCCGACCAAACGUCCAAACCGGGCAUCUUCGGCCAAUUCUUCCAAAAUACGUUCGGAAGAAACGCCAAGUAAUCUGUAACAAGUAUAUACAUGAUGGCGUCCUCGCGACGAGAAAGCUGUUCUCACAGCUAUUGUUGUAUCUACCUAUCUACCCUAAGGAUACCGCGCGCAUCGGAUUUUCAUAAAGAAAGCCGUGGAGUUGGAAUGGGAAACAGAAUGAGCUCAGUGUAAACAUAAUUGAUUAUUAGUUCCAUACGAG